AUGCAGCUACUUGAGACCAACAAGCAGUACAUUGUUGAUGGCGGGAAUCCAGAGAAGGUGAAGGAGCUCUCGAAGCAGCUUUAUUACACCACUUUGGCGAGUUUUCCCAAACGGUAUCAGCAUGCGCAGCAAGAACUGCAGAUCGUGAAGCAGAAGUGGGCGAACCGAGCGGAGCUGCAACUAGAGGAGAUCGGGAUUGCCACAUUGUUUCUCGCGGAGGUGUAUGCCUGGUUCUCACUCAGCCUCGCCGCAAUUCCCGCUGACGCGGUCCUCGCAUCCGCGAAUCCCGAUCGUGCGAGGAUUCUGGAGAGGAGCGGGCAAAUAUCGAGUGAAGGAAAGCGCGCUAUCAGGCUUGCGCAAGAGGCGGCGACCGCGGGAGGGGGGGAGGCGGAAGGGGGAAGCGGGGGGAUCGAUAUCACGGGCCAUGUUAAUCCCGCGGGGUAUAGCUGGCGGCGCGCUUCUGGCGGCGACCGCGGCGGCGGCGGGCGCGUGGGCGCAUGGGCGGCGUUCCUGGUAUGGGGCUUCGCGUUCGUGGCGGCGGGGCUUCUAGUCGCCGUCGGUAUCUUCUGCCUGGUAACUCUAUCGGACCUGCAGCACGACUACAUCAACCCACACGACAGUGCGGCGUCUAUCAACCGCUUCCUGCUGCCCGACAUGCUCGCACACGCUGCAGUCGCGCUGCUGCUGCUGCUCUUCCCGCCCUCCCUGCUCGGCCUCCUGCUCUUUGCUCUCAACUUGCCGCUGCUGCUCUUCCACGCGCGAUGUCUUCUAGCCGGCUCGUACACUGUCGACGUGACAGAAGUUUUCGUGCAGCUGCCCGAACUGCGCAGGCUGUGGCAGAAAAAGGUGGCUCUGUACUGCAUAUUGGUGCUGCCUGUGGUCUAUAGAUGGGUAAUUGCAGCAACGCAUCUGCUGGUGAUCACCUCACAACCAAAGGCCGUGCGCCGCACUGCAUAA